AUGGACGUCCGUCGUGCAUGGAAUGCCAAUCCUACUACCAUCAUCUCCAUGCCGAUGCCAGCUCCAAUCCACACCCUCACCCCUAACUCCUUCACUUCCGACCACCUCACCAUCACCGAUAUCCAAGACAGAAUGGAUAUCGACUCCGCCGAGACAGACGUCGUAAUGUCUGAUCUCACUGAAGACGAGGAAGAGCACCCUCUUGACGCGGACAGCGAUACCGUCAUGACGGGAGCCCCUCGUUACAACUCUCCUUGCGGUUCUCCUCCUUAUGCACCUGCUCCUGCGGUACCCCAAAAUGCUCUUGGUGCCCAAUACAUCAACGGGCCCUUGAAGCGGCCGCAGUCGAUGCCGUAUCAAGCGAAGAGACCGCCAUUCAUCAAACACCGUCUUGAUCGGGACAGAGAUACCGUCAUGAUUGGUGUUCCAUCCUCAUUCCCCUCUCCUUCGGCCACCACAAGGCCGUACCGACAACACCGGGUUGACAGAGACGGAGAUACCAUCAUGACCGGUGUCCCACCACCACCUUCUUCUACUCCGGCUACAAGGCCGUACCGACACCGGCUUGAUAGAGACCAAGACACUAUCAUGACUGGUACUCCAUCUUUUGCUCCUGCUCCUGCUGCAAAGCCACGUUACCGGCAGCAGCAGCAUCAGCAGCAGCAGCAACACAAACACCAACAAAACCGACCAGCUUCGGGGCCAAACCAAAGACCCCAAGCUGCCUGUCGGUCACCUCCUCGUCGGAAUCCAUAUCCGACACCUCCGCCAACACCACGUCCGUCUCCAAGUGGGCCAGCGCCACCGGCCUCAUCACCAUCAUCCACUUCAUCGCAACGGGGGCGAUACCGAAAUUCCCCCCGGAUGUCGAAGAAGGGAUCGUCAGGGGCCGGGCGGUCGACUGGUCGACCCAAAAACAGGAGGGAGGGGAUGGUGAACGGACAGAGGAGGAAUACAAACAAAACGGAAAGUGUGUGGCAUGGUACAGGCACGUCUGGGAAGACAACAUUUUGGAACCUGUACCAUGCCACAGAGAAAGAAAGAAUAUUUGUGGAGGAAGAAGAAAGAAACGGCUGGCAUGAGUUCGAAAAUCACAUGAACUCCGCCUUCAUAUGUGAAUAUUCGACUAUAUUAAUAAUAUUCAUGUACUAUACCAGACUGACUAUCUUAAUAUCCUGUACUUUUUGUUUUUAUAUCAUAUCAUGUACAAAUUGCAUGUAUCAAUACUCAUAUCAGUCAGGGAAGGGUGGGAUGGGCUUAUUAUAUUACUUCCAAUUAUUUACUUUUAUUACUGAAAUUGGAAUUACUGGUUUGUUUGUACUGUACUGUCUUGAUAUCAAAUCAAGCAGCAGUGAUCAAACAUAUACUCGUAAUACUCAUGCACAUAUGCAUAUGUCUGUACGUAUGGAGUAUAAAAAAAGGUAUUUACCAAUCUUUGUUUAUAACGGUGUUGUGGUGACAAAAUAUACGGAGUAUAUAUCACCCCUGUAUCUUAUCUUAUCUCAUCUUGUCUUAUCUUGA